UAGCAGGAGAAGAUGGUGGUUUCCACAGGAGUUAAAGUUCCUCAGAAUUUUCGCUUGUUGGAAGAACUUGAAGGACAGAAAGGAGUAGGUGAUGGUACGGUUAGCUGGGGCCUUGAUGAUGAUGAAGACAUGACACUUACAAGGUGGACAGGCAUGAUUAUUGGGCCACCAAGGACAAACUAUGAAAACAGAAUAUAUAGCCUGAAAGUAGAAUGUGGAUCUAAAUACCCAGAAGCUCCUCCAUCAGUUAGAUUUGUAACAAAAAUUAAUAUGAAUGGAAUCAAUAAUUCUAGUGGAAUGGUGGAUGCACGAAGCAUACCAGUUUUAACAAAAUGGCAAAAUUCCUAUAGCAUUAAAGUUGUACUCCAAGAGCUAAGAUAUCUAAUGAUGUCCAAAGAAAAUAUGCAGCUUCCACAGCCACCGGAAGGACAGAGGUACAACAACUGAUUUUAGUGGAUCUCAAACUUGUCUUAAAUCAACAACCUUCUACUCAUGUUAAUGUCUUGAUUAAAUAUCACCAUGCAAAAUACCCACACAUUAAGUAAAAGAGUUCCAGCUGGUAAACAUGA